UCCACAACUUCGCAAUUGCACUUGAUUACUUCACCAACAAUCGGAAAUAACUGAACGCACAUAACUGAACGCACGAGUCGAAACAAAACAAAGCUAUCAGCGAAAUGGAGAAAUUGAAAUGUCCGUUGUGCUUGAAUUUUCAAUAGAUCGAACCGUUGAUACGACGCGGAGACGCGUUUCUGCCUGCGAAUCAGUAGCGACUGGCAGACCGGCACGCCGAACGUCUACAGUGUCCCUCGCCCUUUACGAUCGUGUUUUCAGUGACUUUUAGUGACGAUUUAUUGUGGUUUUUUUAUGAGAAAAGACAAAGGACAAUUGGUUGAUGAUUUGGGGAAAUAUUUUUGGGAAUUAUGGGUGAAGUUAAUAAAGAGGAGAAACGAGGUAACCGGGCGAUUUGUGAGGAAUCAAUGCGGCAUUGGGUCACCUCGGGACGACUGUUGUCCCCGUGGCAGGAUGGAAACAAUAACAAUGCCAAAAGAAUGCUCAGGCGAAGGCUCAGCUUCAAUGGGGACAGGAUGGCGAAUUCCCAUCGCCAGGUAGUCAAUGCUUAUGAGGAUGAGAGUGAUUAUGUUAACGUGACGAAGAGUGAAUUAAAAACAGCGGACACUUCGGCGUGGGACGAUGAGACGAAUAAUUCAGACAGUGACGUGAAGUCCAAGUUCGACGAAGCAUUCAGUGAGGGAUCAACGACAUCAUCAGCCUACAAAGAUGGAGAUAAUAACACUGAAGUUGAGCUUCGGGUGCGGGUCCGCCGGUUCGAUGAGGAGAACGCCUGGCUUCGAGAUGAAUUGGCUCGAGCCGAGGAAUUGGCUAAUGAGUACCGACGACAGUUACACCUGUUCCAACAGAAAUUGGAUCAAAUGCGAGAAAAAUGUGACCAGUUGCUGAAAGAGAAUGACGAACAUAAGGAAAGGAUAAAUAUGGUAGAGGCACAGGAGAGGCGAUGUCAAGUGGCACUCCAGAGGAUAGACAAAGAGCGUAAUGCACUUCUUGAAAAACUGAAAAUCGAUAACGAAACUUUCAAUCGCAGCCUCGAAGAGUUGAACCGAGAUAAACUCUACUGGAAUAAGAGAUUGUCAAUGUGUGAGGCUAAAUUAGAGGAGAAGGAGAUUCAGUGUGCCACUCUGCAGAAGAAUCUUGAUGAUAUGAAUGACUUAAUUGCGAGUUUGGAAGAUGAAUAUGAGAAGAAAAUUCGAUAUAUGCAAGACAAAAGUGACGAUUUGACGAGUGAAAACGUCGAGUUGAAGAUGCGGCUAUUGACCCUCGAUUGCCCAACCUCCCUGGAUCAAGAGGCUUGCCUCACGUCGACGAGGUAUUUGGACUCCUCAGACGAGAAUCUGAAGUAUCAGAAUGACCAGAAAGUCCAGCUCGAGGAGUCGUUGUAUGCGGAGUUGAAGGCCUCGGGGUUUUCAUGCUACGACAUGAAGUGUGAAUCGAAAAUUCGAGAGUUGGAACUAGAGGCAGAUUGGUGUAACAGUGAACUCGUCGAGGCUGGAAGGCAAAUUGAAAAAAUAAUCAACUUUAUACGGAAAACCAAGCGAUAUAGUUCUCCAUCAAGAACCCCAAAGUCCCCCAACACUUCCGACUUGGAGAUAUCCCCAAUCCUCCUAAUAUUCGAGAGAAUAAAGCAGCUAUCCCACGAGGUGUCAGAAGCACUGAAGAAGCCAUCAACGACUGAUUCAAGUUCACAGGUCUCAGCCGAUCCCCGAAUAGCCAGUGAAUAUCUCAAAGAAUUUUACAUCCAAACGUUUCAAGAUUAUCUGGACUCGCCGAUCAAGGUACCAGUACCAGUGGAAACAAAUACACCGAAUGUAUUUUUGACGUGCAGAGCGUCGGAGAUCAAGGAUAAAAUCGAGUUGGUUGAUGCCAAGCAGUUGGGUCUUGAUAUUAAAAAUAAUGUGACAAAUAUCGAGGACCUGGGGUCAUCGAACGCCGUUGGUUCAAUGUCUGCUGUAGCAUCUGCAUCGCACGACGACAUUUCUUCAUUUUUUGUUAAAAUUCAGAGUGAAACGAAAAUAAAUUCAUGCACUGGGGAAGUUUGUCGGCUUUCGCCAGUGGGUCAGGAGAAUCUGUCGGUGAGUGAAUUGGCAUCGGUGGACUGUUCGAUUGGAGAUAGACAAUCGCAGGAAGUGGAGCGCGAGGAUUGUCGGGGGAUUGAUAAAUCUGAUAUGUCAGUGAGUGAAAAAAUACCGAGGAGAAAGAUAUCGGUGUUUCAACGCUCCUUCGACAUUGACACAGUAUUCGAGGUGCAGGACGGAGGUGCUGUGUCGGAGUCACACAAACUCAGUGAGAGAUGUGGACGAACGAGUGAAACGGACAACUGUCCUCCAAACGUUUUAAUUGAUAAUAUCGAUGAUGAUCGGUCGAGGAUUGAGGGCGUCACUGGGUACAGGACGACAGCUGACGUCAGUCAAUCGUCUGAUUCGUCGGGGGGUUCACCGGGUAAACUUGGUACUUGGAGGGAGGAGGAUUCGUCGGUUGAUAGUGUUGAGACGAAAAUUGAGGGGAAUUUUCUGGCACCUGCUAGACUGAAUUUAUCGAGAGUUCGGGGUGUGGGGGAUGCAGCUGGGGCUGGUGGAACUGAUGGGGCGAGGAGUGACUGCGGUACGGGUGGCGAGAGGAACGCCAGUAUCGAAAUCACUGGGGAUGGGAAAACAUCAGUUACACGCGCGAUGUCGAGUGGAGAGGACAGCUCCGACGAUUCCGAGUCGGAUUCCACGGAGAUUGGGGGGAAGUUCCAGGGGAGUUGGGGGAAUGAUCGUUUCUCGAGGGGCAGUGAUGACAGGAGCGGAUUUAAGGCGCCCAGGGAUGGCAGAGAUGAGCGGGCGCCGAGGAUCAGGCGAUCGAUGAGCGAGGGUGAGAACAUCGAUCUCGGCGGGGGCGACAGUUGUCGCGGGUGUAGCAAUGGUCAGGGGGAGGAUAAGAGGCAGGGGAGCUUCAAGAAGGAAGUGGAUGCUGUUGCCUUUCCCAGUCUCACUGAUGCGAGACUACAGGAGUCCGGAAUUGCGCAGCUUUCGGAGAGUGAAGAUCUUGAGGGGAAAGACUUGACCGAAGAAGACCUCGAGAGGAAGUUCGUAGCCUUCUCCCUGGGUCUGUGCACAGACCGCGUGACAUUGCCUCGACGAAGAGCCCUAGCCCUUCGCCAACGAGAUUACACUGAGCACGAUCUCGCCGUUGAGAUCGCGAAAAUGCAACAGAGUAUUCAGGAGUUUGCGCCCCUGUGCUUCGACAGCGAAACGGUCGAGAGGAUCGAGCUUGCAUGCCAUCAGGUAGAAAUAAUAGCCCAGUGUGCGCACAGAGUGUCUUGCACUGCUGAAACACUAGGUGCCAUACAGCAGGAGUACAGAAUAUCACGCGCCAUUCACCUUGCUGAUCGGUUUCUGAAGAUACUCAGGAGUAGGUGUGAGAAACUUACGGCUGAGGUGGCUGAGAAAAAGCGAGUCUUAGCGGAAAAUAACAUUGUCAUUGACGAGGGCAAUGGAGAGGGCGAGGGGCUCUCCUCAGCUGUGAGGUAUCGCGCUCUGUCACCCACCACCAAUCGUACGAUGAUGGCUAGGAGACGUGCGAGUAUUGCCACGAUUUUCCGACCCAUUGGAAUUGCCCAAGAAGUGACAAAAGAUAAUAUUAGACAGAGGAAUUCAGUCUCUGGUAGAGUCACCAUAAGGAGGCCCUCGUUUAGCUCCGAGCCCCAGAGAUUCGAGACCGAAAAGUUGACCAGAACAGAUUCUAGCAGUGUUGGGGAACUGCGGGAAAUCUUUGAGCAGGCAGAGUCGCGACGUACGUCACGAGAGGAGAAUAAUAAUUUGGUACGGAGCCAAAUGACAGUUUGUGAAAAUGAGACUGUGGAACGCAGGAUGUCCAGUAGUAGGGAGGAGCCUAUCAUCGAGACUUUGCAAGAGGAGCAGGAACAUGAGUUGCAUGAGGAGGAAAUAUCAAGAUUCUCAAGAACAAGACUGGCCCUCACGGCAGCUGCAAACGACCUCCUCUCCUGGCGCCUGCUGCUCUGGUGUGCGAUAAUCACCUUUUUCAUCGGUUUCUACGUGAAAGACGCACUCUCGAUUACCAGCCCCUGCUCCACAACGCCCCUGCGAUGGUGGUCCUUCGAGGAGGUCCUGAGUCGUCACACUCACGUCAGAAAUACAGCUCCACCACCGAUUUAAAAUUAUGUUUCCCCUAUUUUUUAAUUGAAUUCAUUGUGCGAUCGUAAUUUAGUGUUCAUUAAUGUUUUUUUUUGUAAUAAAGAAAAUAUUCUUCCCUA